AAGACAGUAUAUAUCGUCAAACCGGAUGAAGGUUCUCAGGGCGAAGGAAUUUAUAUCAUCAAGGAUCCCAAAGAUUAUAUAUUAGAGGCUAACAAAAGACACUUAAUACAAGAAUACGUAGCUAAUCCGAUGUUGAUUGAUGGAUUGAAGUUCGAUCUGAGGCUGUACGUCGUUCUGACCAGUAUAGAACCGCUUACCAUUUACAUGUCAAAGGAUGGUCUAGCGAGGUUUUGCACUCAGCCCUAUAAAGCCCCUACGUCAAAAAACAUUGGAAAUCCCUACAUUCACCUAACCAACUAUUCUCUGAACAAGAAAAGUAAAUACUACAUACAUACGGAAUCAUCCCAAGAUGGCUCUAAAAGGUCUCUAUCCAAUGUAAUGAAACAGAUAAGAUUCCAAGGCUAUGAUGUUGACGUCAUCAAGAGGAAAAUCAAAGACCUCGUCAUCAAAACAUUGAUCGCCAUUGCUCCAGACCUCAAGUCUGAGUUUAGGAGCUGUCUGCCGGCUAGCGACAAAAAUAAAACCAUUUCCUGUUUUCAGAUCCUGGGUUUCGACAUAUUGUUGGACAGUGACGGGGCGCCAAUCUUACUCGAGGUCAACUCGAGUCCAAGUUUGAGGCUAGAUUUUGAA